AUGAAAUUAUUAUAUUCAUUAGUUGCAUUAUUAGGUGUUUCAUCAGUUGCAUUUGGUGAUAAUAGUUGUAAUCAAUUACUUUCAUCAUUAGCUGAUCCAUCAAAAUGUGUUCAAGUUUCAAUCUCUGGUGUUCAUUCUCAAUCAUUGGCUCAAGAAGGUUAUAAAGGUAAUCUUGUUUUCGCAUCUGGUGAAUUUGUAUUAAGGGAAUCAUUAUACAAUUUACAAACCUAUGAAACAACUUGUAGUCGUGGCGGAUUAGUUCAACCAUUUGCAGCUGAUGAUCAAUUCCGUGUUGAAGAUUUUAGUAUUAGAUUAAGUGAUGGUAAUCUUAGAUUAAAACAAAUAAAUACUCAGCUUACUUGUAAUGGUAAUGUUGGUUUCUUUAAUUUAAAUAACUUUUAUUAUGCAUUGGCAUUAAAAUCAUAUGACACAUGUCCAAGACUUUACUAUGGUGAACCUUGUAAUACACCAACAGUUACACCAACAACAACACCAUCACCAACAACCAAACCACCAACUGGACCAUUAAAAUUUAAUUAUAAAUUAGAUAUUGAUUGGCAAUGGGAUUCAAAUAAUGUACACUAUUAUCAAUAUAGAGUUACAGUAACAAAUAAUGAUAGCACAGCAAUUAAAUCAAUUCAAAUUCACUCUGAUAAUUGGAAUCCAACUGAAUUUUGGAAUGUUGAAAAAAAUGCUCAAACUGGUAAUUUAGGUUUCCCAUCAUUUGUAAAUACUCUUCCAGUUGGUGACUCUUUCUCAUUUGGUUUCGUUUCAGCAGUUGUAAAUCCAACUUUCUCAACAGUUUCAUUUGAAAGAGUUUAA